UCUUUGUAAUGGGUGAUCGUGGAUAAACGCCACGUCUGUAUUAUAUGCCGACAACAGUAAUCCAUUCACCGGUUAGUUAAAACGGUUAAAUGAUAAAAGUGAUAUAAAUUAAAAGAAAUUUUCACAGGAGAGAAUAUGACUCGGUGUAGAUUAAUUACGUUAAUAUGGUGUACCUCGUUGGUACUCGGUUUACAUAUCCAGUCUCUCGCCGCUACCGACAUCGUUGAUCCCGAUCUAAACCUUAAAAAUGUGGACAAACAUAUCGAUUUGCAAUCUCAGCUAACAAAAAUUACAACUAGAAUUGUAUUGGGAAAUGGAAGCAAAGAUCGACACAUACGAAGUUUUCUCUUUGCGUUAGAACCCGAAGAAAAAAACAGUCUCAGCUAUAUAGCUGCUUACAGAGAACCUGUACGAGUUGAACUAAAAUUAACUGAAACGAAAGUAAACGCGCAUCCAGAUAAGACUUUUUAUCAAGUUGAAUUGAAGGAUCCGCUUUCUCCUGGUAGAACUAUGUCUAUUGAAAUUGAAAUAAUAUUGACGCACAAACUGAUACCUCAUCCUAAGGAGAUCACACAGAAAGAGAAGCAAUUAGUAAAAUAUAUAGGAAAUAUUUAUCUUUAUUCACCGUACAAUAUAAUGAAACAAACAACCACUGUAUCGCUACCAUCACGCAACGUUGAAAGUUAUACCAAGUUUAAACCAGUUUUACAAAGCGAUUCAAUGAUCACGUAUGGUCUGUAUGAAAAACUUCCUCCUUUCUCAUACGAAGAGUUGAACAUACACUUUGAAAACAACAACAAGUUUCUGACCGUUACUAGGUUGGAAAGAAGUAUUGAAAUAUCUCAUUGGGGAAAUAUAGCAGUAGAAGAACAUAUUGAUUUAUUGCAUACCGGUGCUUUAUUGAAAGGUUCAUUUUCACGCUAUGAAUAUACGAGAGAAUCAAAAUCUGGACAGGCUAGUAUUCAGAACUUUGAUACUAUUCUACCAGCAGCUGCUUCUGAUAUUUAUUACAGGGAUGAAAUUGGUAAUAUUUCAACGUCUCAUACACGUAUUAAAAAAGAUUCUGUCGAGUUGAAUCUUCGUCCACGAUUUCCACUUUUUGGUGGUUGGAAAACCCGAUAUAUAGUUGGAUACAAUGUACCCAGCUAUGAGUAUUUAUUCCAUUCUGGAGAUCAGUACACUUUGGAAAUGAGACUACUGGAUCAUGUGUUUGACGAUAUGAUUGUAGACGAAUUGCUUGUAAAAAUUAUUUUACCUGAGGGUUCAAAGAACAUUGAACUAAUCCUCCCAUAUUCAGCAACACGUUUGCCAGAUUCUCUUCAUUACACAUAUCUAGAUACUACCGGCCGUCCAGUAAUUGCUGUCACAAAGAAAAACUUGGUUGAAAAUCAUAUUCAGAAUUUCAAACUUAAAUACACAUUUCCACGUAUAUUGAUGUUACAAGAACCAUUACUUGUAGCAGCUGCAUUAUACUUAUUAUUCUUAUUAGUAAUUACCUAUGUAAGGCUUGAUUUUUCCAUAGAUAAAGAUGAAAUUUCAGAGAGUAAAUUGAGAAUUGCUGGACAAUGUGAAAAGAUCUUAGCUGCUCAAGAUAGACGAGUAACUUCUUACAAUGAAUUGGAUGAUCAGUUAGCAUAUCUGAAAUCGAAUAAGGAUGCCAAUGCAUUUUUGUCAGUUGUUAAAGGCAUUAAUCAAGAUUACAAAAGUGCAACAAGCGCUGUUGCAGAAAUUGCGCAACGCUUAAAAGGAGAAUCUGGAGAUGUUUACGAUCGAGUUCAGGAAUUACAGAAGUAUGAUAGGACACUGAAAGAACUUUAUAAUCAACAGCAAGCACUUUAUGUAGACAAAUUAGUGCCAGGCAAAAUUGGACGUCAGCAGUUUGUAGAAGCAGAAGCUGCCAUUGCUAAGAAAAAAGAAGAAUGUAUUGAAAAAAUAAAUUCUAUUGUCAAGUCUAUGCAAUAACGAAAUUUUUCGAAUUUGGAAGCAGGAGACUUAAUAAAAAUAUUUUAAACAAUUACCUACUCAAUUUUUCACAAUAAAUUACAACAUAACAUUUCCUGUAUAAUAAGUUAAGAUUUGUAAUAAAGAAGUAUAAAUUA